UAAAGCGAGCAGCGCGAGCGCCUUGACUGGGGAAGAGGAGAAAAAAAGUGCAGUCGACAGAGAGGGACGCCCGGAGGAGCGCGCGCAGACACACGGAAGACUGGCCGUGCGCGCGCAUAUAUACACGCGGACAAGCGGACGUCUUUACCACUUAUUACGGAGUAAAUCACCCGGAGCAUGGAGCGGGAGUUAUGGAUGUAACGCGCACAGGACUCGCGAUGGGCGCGCGGCCGGCGGCGCUGCUGCUGUGGAGCUGCCUGCUGGCGGCGGCGGACGGCUCGCCUCUCCUCCUCUUCGCCAACCGCCGGGACGUGCGCCUGGUGGACGCCGACGGCGUGCGGGGCGAGUCGGCCAUCGUGGUCAGUGACCUGGAGGACGCGGCGGCGGUGGACUUCCUGUACUCCGAGGGCCUGAUAUUCUGGACCGAUGUCAGCGAGGAGGCCAUCAAACAGACGCACUGGAACCAGUCAUCCAACUCCCUUAAGGAGGCUCUGGGAACCGGCCAGACGGUGGUGGUGUCGGGUCUGGACAGUCCAGACGGGCUGGCCUGUGAUUGGCUGGGCCGGAAGCUCUACUGGACGGACUCGGAGACCAAUCGGAUUGAAGUGGCCAACCUGGACGGCUCCUCCAGGAAGGUGCUGUUCUGGAUGGACCUGGACCAGCCCCGGGCCAUCGCCCUCAACCCCUCUCAGAGCUACAUGUACUGGACGGACUGGGGGGAGGAGCCCCGCAUCGAGCGGGCCGGCAUGGACGGCAGCAACAGGAAGGUCAUCGUGGUGGAGGACAUCUACUGGCCCAACGGGCUGACCAUCGACCUGCUGGAGCAGAAGCUGUACUGGGCCGACGCCAAGCUCAGCUUCAUCCACAGAGCCCACCUGGACGGGUCGGACAGGGAGGCCGUGGUGGAGGGCACCCUGACCCACCCCUUCGCCCUGACCCUGUCCCAGGAGACCCUGUACUGGACGGACUGGCAGACCCGCUCCAUCCACGCCUGCAACAAGCACAGCGGGGACGAGACCACCGAGAUCCUCGGCGGGAUCUACUCCCCCAUGGACAUCCAGGUGCUGGAGGCGUACCGGCAGCCCUACAUCCAGACGCCCUGCAGCGACCGCAACGCAGGCUGCAGCCACCUCUGCCUGCUCUCGCCGCUCCAGCCCUUCUACAGCUGCGCCUGCCCCACGGGGGUCCGGCUGAAACCCGACGGCAAGACAUGCAAACCAGGAGCAGAGCAGGUUCUACUGCUGGCUCGACGGACGGACCUGAGGAGGAUCUCACUGGACCUGCCCGACUUCACCGACAUCGUCCUUCAGGUGGAUGACAUCCGCCACGCCAUCGCCAUCGACUACGACCCGGUUGAGGGUUUUGUCUACUGGACGGACGACGAGGUCCGGGCCAUCCGGCGGUCCCACAUCGAUGGCAGCAACGCCGUGAUGCUGGUUACCACGGAGAUCAACCACCCAGAUGGGAUAGCUGUGGACUGGGUGGCCAGAAAUCUGUACUGGACCGACACCGGCACGGACCGGAUUGAGGUCACCAGGCUGAACGGGACCUCCCGGAAGAUUCUCAUUUCUGAGAACCUGGACGAACCCAGAGCCAUCGUCCUGGACCCCAUGAACGGGUUCAUGUACUGGACCGACUGGGGCGAGCAUCCCAAGAUCGAGCGGGCCCACCUGGAUGGGACGGCGCGCCUGGUGCUGAUCAACAGCUCGCUGGGCUGGCCCAACGGGCUGGCCAUCGACCACGCCGCGGGGAAGCUGUACUGGGGGGACGCCAAGACCGACAAGAUCGAGGUGAUCAACGUGGACGGCAGCAACAGGCAGACGCUGCUGGAGGACAAGCUGCCGCACAUCUUCGGCUUCACGCUGCUGGGCGACUACAUCUACUGGACGGACUGGCAGCGGCGCAGCAUCGAGCGCGUGCACAAGGCCACGGCCGUGAGGGAGAUCAUCAUCGACCAGCUGCCCGACCUCAUGGGGCUGAAGGCCACCAAGGUCACCGAGACGCACGGUACCAACGGCUGCGCGGAGGACGACGGCGGAUGCAGCCACCUGUGCUUCUGGUGCCGGCAGGCCGUCAGCUGCGCCUGCCCCAUGGGCAUGGAGCUGCUGUCGGACCUGCACACCUGCGUGGUGCCCGAGGCCUUCCUGCUCUUCACCAACAGGGACAACAUCCGGAGCAUCUCUCUGGGGACCAACAGCAACGACGUCCCGAUCCCGCUGAGCGGCGUCAAGGAGGCGUCGGCCCUCGACUUCGACGUGUCCGAGAGGAGGAUCUACUGGACGGACAUCCAGGCCAAGACCAUCAGCAGGGCGUACAUGAACGGCAGCUCCGUGGAGCACGUCAUCGAGUUCGGCCUGGACUACCCAGAAGGCAUGGCGGUGGACUGGAUGGGCCGCAACAUCUACUGGGCGGACACGGGCACCAACCGCAUCGAGGUGGCCCGGCUGGACGGCCGGCACCGGCAGGUUCUGGUCUGCAAGGACCUGGACAACCCGCGCUCGCUGGACAACCCGCGCUCGCUGGCGCUGGACCCGGCCAACGGCUUCAUGUACUGGACGGAGUGGGUGGGCCGGCCGCGCAUCGCCAGAGCCUACAUGGACGGCAGCACCGUGGGAACGCUGGUGGACAAGGUGGGCCGCGCCAACGGGCUGACCAUCGACUACCUGGAGCGCCGGCUGUACUGGACCGACCUGGACACCUGCAUGAUCGAGAGCACCAACAUGCAAGGCCUCCAGAGGGAGAUCAUCGUGGACGACCUGCCCCACCCCUUCGGCCUGACUCAGUACCGGGACUUCAUCUACUGGACGGACUUCAACCUGCGCAGCAUCGAGCGCGCGGACAAGCGCAGCGGACUCAACCGCACGGUGGUGCUGCAGGGCCAGCUGGAGCUGAUGCUGGACAUCCUGGUGUUCCACUCCUCGCGCCAGGAGGGCUCCAACGAGUGCUCGCACAACAACGGCAACUGCGGCCACCUGUGCCUGGCCACGCCCGCCGGCGCCCAGUGCCGCUGCGCCUCCCACUACACGCUGAACCCCGACGGGCGCAACUGCAGCUCUCCCUCCAGCUUCCUGCUCUUCAGCCAGAAGGCGAGCAUCAGCCGCAUGGUGCUGGGCGAGCAGAGCCCCGACAUCAUCCUGCCCAUCCACGUGCUCAGGAACGUCAGAGCCGUCAGCUACGACCCGCUGGACCGCCUGGUGUACUGGCUGGACGGCCGGCAGAACAUACGGCGGGCCAGAGACGACGGAGCCAUGGCGUCCAUGAUCGUGAGCAGCAGCGUCCAGCCGGUGGACAACCAGCUCCACGACCUGAGCCUGGACCCCUACAGCCGCCACAUCUACUGGACCUGCGAGACCACCAACACCAUCAACGUCCAGAGGAUGGACGGGCACAUCGUGGGCGUGGUCCUGAAGGACGACGACGACAAGCCGCGCGCCCUCGUGGUCAACGCAGAGAAAGGGUACAUGUACUUCACCACCGUGCAGGAGCGCUCGGCCAAGAUCGAGGGCGCCAGUCUGGACGGGACGGAGAGGGAGUCCCUGUUCACCACGGGCCUGAUCCGGCCGGUGGCGCUGGCGCUGGACAACAGACUGGGGAAACUGUUCUGGGUCGACGCCGACCUCAAACGCAUCGAGAGCAGCGACCUGACGGGAGCCAAUCGGAUCGUCCUCCAGGACUCCAACAUCCUGCAGCCCACGGGCCUCACGGUCCUGGGGGAGCACCUGUACUGGAUCGACCGGCAGCAGCAGAUGAUGGAGCGCGUGGACAAGCUGACCGGAGACGGACGCACGCGCAUCCAGGGCCGCAUCUCCUACCUCACCUCCAUCCACGCCGUGGAGGAGAUGGACCCGCGGGACUUCGCCUCACACCCGUGUUCCCGUGACAACGGGGGCUGCUCCCACCUCUGCAUCGCCAAGGGCGACGGCACGCCCCGCUGCUCCUGCCCCGUGCACCUGGUGCUGCUGCAGGACCUGCUGCACUGUGGAGAGCCUCCCACCUGCUCCACGGAGCAGUUCACCUGCUCCACGGGGGAGAUCGACUGCAUCCCGAUGGCGUGGCGGUGCGACGGCUUCCCCGAGUGCGACGACAGCAGCGACGAGGAGAACUGCCCCGUGUGCUCGGCCUUCCAGUUCCAGUGUGACAAAGGCGGCUGCAUCGACGCCCAGCGGCGCUGCAACGGGGAGCCGGACUGCACCGACCACUCGGACGAGCAGGACUGCGAAACCAUCUGCCCCCCCAACCAGUUCCGCUGUGGGAACAACCAGUGCAUCACCAAGAAGCAGCAGUGCGACACGUACUCCGACUGCCCCGACGGCUCGGACGAGCUGGCCUGUGAGUACGUGGCCCCGCCCUCCGGCGGCGUCCCCAGCGCCGGGCCCAACACCGUCGGCCCGGUCAUCGCCAUCAUCCUGCUGGUGUUCGUGAUCGGCGGCGCCUACUUGGUGUGCCAGCGCGUGGUGUGCCGCCGCUACAAGGGCCCCAGUGGAACCUUCCCCCACGAGUACAUCAGCGGGACCCCCCACGUGCCCCUCAACUUCAUCGCCCCCAGCACCUCGCAGCACGGCACCUUCCAAGGCAUCGCCUGUGGGAAGUCCCUGAUGAGCUCCAGCCUGAUGGGCAGCAGCAGCAGUGGAGCGCCGCUCUACGACAGGAACCAUGUGACCGGAGCCUCGUCCAGCAGCUCCUCCUCCACCAAGGGAGCCUUCUACCCCCAGAUCCUGAACCCUCCUCCGUCCCCGGCCACUGACCGCUCGCUCUACAACGCAGAGAUCUUCUACUCCUCCAACAGCCCCUCCACCACCAGGUCCUACAGGCCCUACCACCCGGCCCGCGGCGCCGCCCCCCCCACCACGCCCUGCAGCACUGACGUCUGCGACAGCGACUACACCCCCCACCCGCCGGCCGGGCCCCCGCCGCCCGCGGGCCGCUGGAAGGCCGCGGGCCACGGGGGGGGCCACGGCAAACACAACAAGUACUACAUGGACCUGAACUCGGACUCGGACCCCUACCCCCCGCCCCCCACCCCGCGCUCACAGUACCUGUCGGCCGAGGAGAGCUGCCCGCCGUCCCCGUCCACCGAGCGCUCCUACUUCCACCUGUGCCCCCCGCCCCCCUCGCCAUGCACCGACUCCUCGUGACCCCCCCCCGUGUCCCCGUGAGGGGGGGCGCAGUCCGCCAGGGGAAGAACCCACGGGACAACUUCCAGACCGCCUCACACUGCUGCUCUUGUUCCAGCUGGUUAGGCUCAACGUCACAUAUGCCUCCUCAAGGUCACAUAUGCCUCCUCAAGGUCACAUACGCCUCCUUAAGGUCAUAUAUGCCUCCUCAAGGUCACAUAUGCCUCCUCAAGGUCGCAUAUGCCUCCUCAAGGUCACAUACGCCUCCUUAAGGUCAUAUAUGCCUCCUCAAGGUCACAUAUGCCUCCUCAAGGUCACAUAUGCCUCCUCAAGGUCACAUACGCCUCCUUAAGGUCAUAUAUGCCUCCUCAAGGUCACAUAUGCCUCCUCAAGGUCACAUAUGCCUCCUGAAGGUCAUCUACGUCUCAUCAAGGUCAUAUAUGCCUUCUCAACAUCACAUAUGCCUCAUUGAGGUCACAUAUGCCUCCUCAAGGUCGCAUAUACCUUCUUAAGGUCAUAUACAUCUCAUCAAGGUCAUAUAUGCCUAUUCAAGGUCAUAUACACCUCCUCGAGGUCACAUAUGCCUCCUUAAGGUCAUAUACGUCUCAUCAAGGUCAUAUAUGCCUCUUCAAGGUCAUAUACGCCUCCUCAAGGUCACAUAUGCCUCCUUAAGGUCAUAUACGCCUCCUCGAGGUCACAUAUGCCUCCUUAAGGUCAUACAUUCCUCCUCAAGGUCACAUAUGCCUCCUCAAGGUCACAUAUGCCUCCUCGAGGUCACAUAUACCUCCUCAAGGUCACAUCUGCCUCCUUAAGGUCACAUAUGCCUCCUCAAGGUCACAUACGCCUCCUCAAGGUCACAUCUGCCUCCUUAAGGUCACAUGCCUCCUCAAGGUCACAUAUACCUCCUCAAGGUCACAUCUGCCUCCUCAAGGUCACAUAUGCCUCCUCAAGGUCACAUACGUCUCCUCAAGGUCACAUACGCCUCCUCAAGGUCACAUGCCUCCUCAAGGUCACAUAUGUCUCCUCAAGGUCACAUACGCCUCCUCAAGGUCACAUAUGCCUCCUCAAGGUCACAUAUGUCUCCUCAAGGUCACAUACGCCUCCUCAAGGUCACAUAUGCCUCCUCAAGGUCACAUCUGCCUCCUCAAGGUCAUAUAUGCCUCCUGGAGGUCACCCCAUCAUUCCAGCCCCCUCGGAGCUCUCGGGGACCAGCAUCGGACCGAUGGAGGUCUGAGGCCCCUGAACCCACCGCAGGGCCCUAAGGCCUUGCCCCACCGAGAGAGGGGACCCCCCCCCCCCCCUUCAUUUCAAAUUGUGAAUAAUGUGGUUGACCAAUGGGGGCGGAGGGGGGAGGAGCCACCCCCCCACCCCCUCGUGGCCAACAUACCAAUGACGUGUAAAGCUAUUGUACAUACGUGUAAUGAAGUCGCGGCCGAGCGGUGACACCGACCGCCCCGCCUCCCAAGAGUCUGUUUGCUGCUAUCGUGUACAUACUCCUCCCCGUUGCCAUGACGCCCCCGGAGACCCCCCCCCAACAGGGGGCAUGAAGCUACCGACAGUUCAUCACUAAUUAUUCUUAUAGCGGCUUUUUGUUACUCGUAUUUCUGUUUGUGUGUAGAUGAAAUGUGUAUUUGUGUCUGUGUCGUCGUGGUGGUGGGGGGGGGUCUGGAUCAGACCAACAGCAGAAUGAGAUGCCCCCCCGGACCCGGCAGACCACCACGAGGCCUCGAGUUGUGCAGUGAGCCGCCGGUCGAACACCACGGAGCCGCCGGCCGCUGCUUCCUGUUUCCUUUAAUCGUUUUAUAAGUGGAGACCAGAGUCUUCAGCGCCAGCACUUACCGGACCCCCUGUGGUCAUGUGGUCUGAGCCCGGACCCCCUGUGGUCAUGUCUGGUACCACAAGACGACGCUACGCACUUACAGAAGAGAAGAGUGCUCGCCCCGGAGGCGGAGGAGGGAGGAGACUGCAGAGACCGCCGCGUCCUCCCAGCUGGCCUCGCUGGGACCUCGGGCCACAGCUUGAGCCACGGAACUCCUCUGGGACCUCCUGGAGCCCGAGCAGCUCCUUUAUAUGCUGGGCUGCAGGGCCCCCCUCAAACCACUGCGUCAGCAACAAGUCCUGGAGCCGGUCUGUCUCAGUGGGACGACUCUUUUUGUAUCAAAAGCAUUUUUAUAUAAUAAAGGUUCUAUUUUAAGGAA